AUGGUUAAGGAACUGUUCCAAGGCCUUCUGUGCAUGUGGAAGCUGAGGUGCUCGUGGGUACAGAACGUCGAGUGGAUAGAAGUUUCGCUCCCGAACAGAUUUGGUGGUCAGGCACUAGCCGCUAGAAAGUAUGAUCUCCAAGGGAAACAGAAGGUACGUUAUGAAGAGUUUACUCCUCUAGGCAAAUCCUUGGAGGAGGGAUACGAUGCUUUGUAUGUUCCACGAGGAGAGGGUAAGCCAGACGGAUGUGCUCUCCUUUACAACGCUUCAAAAUUUCAAAUCACAGACUUUGCUCCAGUGCUGUACUUCCGGCCAGAGAUGCCCCUCCUAGAUCGACCUAAUGUUGGAAUGGUGGCAACACUGGAGCUGCGUGAGCACCCGGGUAACUGCAUCACUGUUGCCAACACACAUUUUCUCUACAACCAGCGCCGUCUGGAUAUCAAGUUGAGUCAGCUGCAGAUACUGCUUGCGGAAACUGAGAGACUGGCUUUCGCUGGAUUGCCUGACAAGUAUCAUCCCGUGAUACUUACAGGUGAUCUGAACGUGAACCCGGAUACUUGCCUGAUCAGCUUGUUGCGUAAUCGGUACGUGAACUGCAGAAACUUCAACGGACAGUGGCGGCCCGUCAGAGACUCUGAGGGGCGACAACUGUCUGUGCCUGACGAACUACUGCGUGACUACCUCAACAUAUCACCAGACUGUCAAUACACGGACGUGGUGGAGGGGAGAAGAAGAGGGAUAAAGGAUGUGAAGAAAACUGAGGUAAACAUACUUGGAGACUUGCAGUUGAAGCACCGGACUGCUCCGUUCAAACCAAUCAAAGGACUACAACUUCUUUCCCGCCUGCAAAUGCCUUCUGUGCCAGAAUACAAGUCUCACUUCAGAAACCUGCCUAACUUCGCUUGCGGUUCCGACCACUUACCUCUCAUCGCCUCGUUCCUGCUUCCCAUUCAUUGA